AUGGAUACUACUGAUAAUAUUAUAGCGGGCAAGUAUCCGGCCAAAUCUCAUGCACGUCGCGUUGCCGAACAUCUUAAGAAAGCAUGUGGACAAGCAGCUGGGAUAAUUUACUUGGAAGGGCAGAAGACACAUUUGAUAGAAGAUAGUGACGAGACGAUGCCAUUCAGACAACGUCGUCCUUUUUUUUAUCUCUCAGGGUGCUUACUUCCUGAUUCGUCUUUGAUAUACGACAUUAAUGCUGAGAAGUUGGUCCUUUUCAUUCCCCCGAUUGACCCUGAAGAUGUAAUUUGGUCUGGCCUUCCUCUUUCUCCUGGCGAGGCCCUAAAACACUAUGACGUCGACAACGUGCUUCCGACGACCCAAGUUAACGACACACUUGCUUCUAUUGCCUCCUUCUACCGAGGCAAUUCUACUGCCUUCGCAAUUGCAGGACAGGUUUCAAGUGAAAUUAAAUUCCAAGGAUUCUCAGCGACCAAUGAUUCAGUGUUGAGGGACGCCAUUGAAAAGACACGCGUUGUAAAGGACAUCUAUGAGAUCGCUCUUCUCAAAAAGGCAAAUGAUAUCUCUGCGAAGGCUCAUAUUGCAGCCAUCAAAGCAUCUAAGACUGCAGAUAACGAACGCCAAAUCGAGGGUGCAUUCAUCGCAACUUGUAUUGCUAAUGGUGCACGCGAACAAGCUUAUCAUCCCAUCGUUGCUUGUGGCGAGAACGGGGCCACUCUUCACUAUGGGAAAAAUGAUGGCAGUUUGAAUGAUCCCUCAACCAACCAGAGGAAACGAAAUGUGCUUAUUGAUGCUGGAGGUGAAUAUCGCACAUAUUGCUCUGAUAUUACCCGCGUUUUCCCCCUAGGUGGGAAGUUCUCAACAGAAGCCCGACAAAUAUACGAAAUAGUCCUUCGAAUGCAGAUAGAAUGUAUUGCCAUGCUAAAGGAAGGAGUCCAAUGGGAAGAGGUGCAUGCACAUGCGCAUCGUGUUGCGAUCAAUGGCUUACUAGACCUCGGAAUAUUGCGCGGUUCUAAGGACGAACUGUUUGACAGAAGAAUUAGUGUGGCGUUCUUCCCUCACGGCCUGGGGCAUUAUCUUGGAAUGGAUACUCACGAUACGGGAGGAAAUCCAAAUUAUGAUGACAAGGACUCUAUGUUCAGGUAUCUUCGAGUGAGGGGUCGUUUACCUGCGGGGUCAGUGAUUACGGUUGAGCCAGGAAUCUACUUCUGUCGCUUCAUUAUAGAGCCAUUUGUCAGCUCGCCCGAACUGAAUCAAUACAUUGACUCUGAUGUUCUAGAGCGAUACUGGAGUGUUGGUGGAGUGCGCAUUGAAGACAAUAUUCAUGUUACUGAGGAUGGGUAUGAAAAUCUGACCACAGCACCAAAAUCGAUUGAGGAGAUAGAAGCGCUGGCAUUGUAG